AUGGAUCGUGACACCCUUAUAGACGAGGCUCCGACUUAUAUGUCCCAAGAUGAAGUUCAAAACAUGGUACAAUCCUUUCAAAGCGCUUUGGGAAUCUUUACAGAUGAACUCGAACAAUUAAGGAAGGACAAUGACGAACUUCACACAAAACUUCAAUAUGAAUCAACAAGAGAUGUCAUCCUUUCAGAAGGCCAAGAAAAAAUAAAUAUUAAGUAUCAAAAGGUUAAGACGGAGUUGGAGUCUUGCAAUGAACAAAUUAAUAUACUAGAAACAGCUCUAAAUCAUGGUAGAGAUUUAGCAUUAAGUGCAGGUAGAGCUGAAAUGUACAGGCAAUAUGCUAAUCAAAUUUUUGAAAGAACAAGCCAAGAAGGAGUAAAUAAUGAGAUUACUGAAUUUAUCAUGAAUUUGGAAAGAGAAAUCUAUAACCUAGAAAUUGAGAAUAAAAGAUCUAAAGAAGUUAACCAAAAAUUGAGAAAUGACAUUGGAAUUGCAUUUGAAGAAGAAAAAAGCAAUCAUAGAUGCAAAAACUGUAAAAAGGAAUUUGUGCCAAAACAGAAUAGAGAUGGUGAAUGCUUCUAUCAUCCAGGGAAAAUGAAAUAUUAUAGUUGUAAAGGAUGUGGCGAAGAUGCUUACUAUAAUUGUUGCAAUAAAUGCAUCAAAUGUUCUCCCGGCUGUAGAACUGGUAAGCACAUUGCUAUAUAA